GGAAGUGGUGACCGGAGCGGAAGUGGAGCUGCCGCCACCGCCGCCGCCGAUUCCGGAGCCGGGGUAGCUGCCGUGCCGCCGCUGCAGCCGCCGCCGCUGCUUGAGGAGUGGGCCUGGGAAGGAAGCGGUCGCCGCGGCUCGGAGCUCCGCUCGCCAUCGUCUUUGCCCCUGCCGACCUCCCACGGGAAUGACCAUGGAUAAAAGUGAGCUGGUACAGAAAGCUAAACUCGCCGAGCAGGCUGAGCGCUAUGAUGACAUGGCUGCAGCUAUGAAGGCAGUCACGGAACAGGGGCAUGAACUCUCCAAUGAAGAGAGAAAUCUGCUCUCUGUCGCCUACAAGAAUGUGGUAGGCGCCCGCCGUUCUUCCUGGCGUGUCAUCUCCAGCAUUGAACAGAAAACAGAGAGGAACGAGAAGAAGCAGCAGAUGGGCAAAGAGUACCGGGAGAAGAUAGAGGCAGAACUGCAGGACAUCUGCAACGAUGUUCUGGAGCUGUUGGACAAAUAUCUUAUUCCCAAUGCUACACAACCAGAAAGUAAGGUGUUCUACUUGAAAAUGAAAGGAGAUUAUUUUAGAUAUCUUUCUGAGGUGGCUUCUGGAGACAAUAAGCAAACCACUGUGUCGAACUCUCAGCAGGCUUACCAGGAAGCAUUUGAAAUUAGUAAGAAAGAAAUGCAGCCUACACACCCCAUUCGACUUGGCCUGGCACUGAAUUUCUCAGUGUUUUACUACGAGAUUUUGAACUCUCCUGAAAAGGCUUGCAGCCUGGCGAAAACGGCAUUUGAUGAAGCAAUUGCUGAAUUGGAUACACUGAAUGAAGAGUCGUACAAAGACAGCACGCUGAUCAUGCAGUUGCUUAGGGACAAUCUCACUGUAAGUACUACUGGUUUCAGUGACUGCUUUUGGAGGGUUCAUGGUCUACUCACCCACCUCAUAAUUCACUAUUGCCCAAGACCCAAGAGAGUUUUGUACCUUCUGUGGACGUCGGAAAACCAGGGAGAUGAAGGAGAUGCUGGGGAGGGAGAGAACUAAUGUGUAUUGUGCUCCGUGAUCUGUUCAGUGUCACUCUGUACCCUCCACAUAUAUUCCUUUGUGCGAUAAAAAAAAAAAAAAAGAAUCGUACAUUGACUUUUCGAUUUUUCACAGCCUCAGCCUAGCAAAAAUGGUCCAUGGGAUAAACAGCUGGUAUUUGUAUCUUAAACUCAGAUUGGUCACGUAAAUGCCACGGCAUUCUGAAGUUUUGAUUUUUAACAUUGACAGGAUUACUGUGUGUUUAAUUUUUUAAAAACUGAACACUGUGAUUAUGGGGUUUUGUAACUAAGCAGAACUCUUACUGGUAGAAAAAAUAGACCUGAAUUAUCUGUAACUUUUGGGAAAGUUUAAACAGUCACUGAAAUACUGCUCCAUUGUACAGUUGUACAGAAAGUUGUAGUGAUUAUAUUGUGAUGCUGGGACUUGGAGUGAGAUACCUGUCAUUUCGCAUUCGAGUUUAAUGGCAAUUCACAGUAAUUAUGCCUGUUCAGGGCUUAUAGACACUUGACCAGUUGGGGCUCUUGCCACUCAAAAGUUCAUGACCAGUGUCUUCCUCUGAGGAAACUCGAAGUCGAAAAUUGAAAUUCUUUGUGGCAGUUAACUGGCUUAUGACACCAUGAGAAGGUCCAGUGCUCAUACAACACACGUGACUAAAACCCCUGUCCUACAACAAUGUCACUGAUUUGCAACUUGUGCUUCAGUCGUGGAAUCUUACUUUCCUUGUAACCAUGAGCUAAAGAAGAAAGCAAGCCGUGUAUCUUAUGAAUGGCCUUAUCUGUCUCCUGGGUAAUAACUUUAUGAAUAAUGUUCUGCAGAGAUUGCCUUUCACACGAGGAGUGCUCAGUCUUUGGGUUCUUCCUAGCUCCGGGCUUUUAAAUUUUGAAAUCUAAACAUUCUUUCCUACUGUCUUUUUGACUGUUGACUUUUUUUUUCUCUUCCUUUUUAAGUUUCUGUCCUGCUGUUUUACCUUUUUUUUUCUUUUUGAAGUUUAUCUUUAUUUUUCUUUUGUUCACAGUUUAAUACUGUAUGGACAGGGAUAGGAGGCCUGGAGGGGGUGAGAAGGGAAAUUGGUGAGCACUUUGGUGAGCAGGCCUUGUUUCAGUCAAGAAGAGCUUCCAGCACCGUAGCUCUGUCUUCCUCCAGUUUUCAGCACAGUUGUUCUUCCGUCACACCAAGAUCUGAAUCAAAAAGAAUUUUUAAAUAUCCAUGACUCCUCCCUGUAUUAACAGCCAGCCCUGAUAAUGCUUGUUGGUACCUGAUCUCCCAACUGUACUCAUCCAGCCAAGUUCACAGACGUGUUUAAACAAGACCCUCUGAUGCAGGGAAGUUGCAUGAUCACUGCAUUGGGGAGAAUCCAGAAUACCCAGGCCUACCAGUCUCACAGUAUCCCCCCUCUCUUUAACAUUCCACAUAGCUGUAGUAUCCAUCUGUUUGUCCAUCUGCUGAAAUGAGAAAAGAAACCUUCAUGCACUGAUGAAAACAAACCAAAAAAAAAAAAAAUCCCUCCUUUCUAGCUGAACAAAAAUGUGCAGUUAAAUACUUGGCGCUUGAAAAUGCAGUAGUGAACGUGGAACGAGCCUGUCUGUAUAUCUGGUAGCUCUUUCUUGCUUUGUUUUUCCUCACCAGUAUUCUGCCUCACGUUUGCUUCUGUGAUGGUUAUAUUGCCUAGCAAGCACACCCGUGGUUGUGAAAAUAGUAUAGUAAAAAAAGAAAAAUCCCCGGUUAUUGAUGUACUAGAUUUGUGUAUGUCUUUAAACAGUUCUAGUUUCCACCUUACACGGAAUAAUCAGGAAACGUGUAAAAAUUCAAAAGUGAAAUAAAAAAUUUUAUCAGUUA